AUUUUGGGAGGAGUUCCAGUGGAGUGCUGCCCUCCCGUUCUGCUCCUUACCUACUGGGGCUGACAGGCAUCCAUCUGCAGCCUGGCUGUGGGUGCCCGUGGAGUCCAGCUGCAUCAAGUGGAGUUCUUCACACAGCUGUUUCCAGGAGCUCCUUUCCUUGCAGUCUUGAUUCAAAAGGUGAAAUGUCAACCAAGGUGCCAAACAUUAAACUGAAAAUUGAUCCUCGGAAUCUGCAGAUCCAGACAUUUACAGUGGAGAAAUUACUGGAACCACUGAUAAUUCAGGUUACAACAUUAGUCAACUGUCCACAGAAUCCUUCUAGUAAGAAAAAGGGCCGUUCCAAAAGAGCUCGUGUCUUGCUUGCUUCUGUGGAAGAAGCCACUUGGAAUCUGUUGGACAAGGGAGAAAAAAUUGCCAAGGAAGCAGUUGUGUUCACAGAGGAGCUUCAGGCAGCUCUCGCCGAUGUGCGCAAGGAGAGUCAGGCCCUGCAGGUGUCAGCAGAGGCGUUCACCAGCGAUCCCUGCUCCCUGCCCAGGAGGCAGGCUGUUGUGCCAGCCGCUCGCUCCCUGCUGGCCGCUGUCACCAGGCUCCUCAUCCUGGCUGAUAUGGAGGAUGUGGCCUUCCUGCUGCAGCACCUGACUGUGUUUCAAAGAUCAUUUGAAUCUUUAAGAAAUGUAUCCAGCAAAUCUGAUCUGCAGAAAACCUACCAAAAGUUUCAAAAAGAUCUGGAAAAUCUUGAUUACUUGGCAUACAAACGUCAGCAGGAUUUGAAAUCUAGCAAUCAGCGAGAUGAAAUUGCUGCAGCACGUGCAUCCCUGAAGGAAAAUUCUGCUUUCCUACACUCAAUAUGCUCAGCUUGUUUGGAACAUUCAGAUGUUGCAUCCCUUACAGCCAGCAAGGAUUCAAUUUGCAAUGAAAUACAGAAUGCUCUUAAUGUAAUUUCUAAUGCUUCCCAAGGAGUUGGAAAUAAAAUGGAGCAACCUGCAUCUCACACAGCUACUCUUGGAAGUGCACUUGAUGAGCUUGAGCAUUUAAUAGCCCUGGAUCCCCUGGCAGUGAAGGAGGAGCAGGUGCGGCCGUCGCUGGAGCAGCGGCUGGAGGCGAUCAUCAGCGGGGCGGCGCUGCUGGCCGACUCCUCGUGCACCCGCGACUCGCACCGCGAGCGCAUCAUCGCCGAGUGCAGCGCCAUCCGCCAGGCGCUGCAGGAGCUGCUGGCAGAGUACCUGCGCUCCACUGACAAGGCAGAGAGGAGCAAUGCCUUGAAUGUUGCCAUAGAUGCUAUGUGCAAGAAAACCAGAGACCUCCGCAGACAGCUCCGGAAAGCCAUUAUAGAUCACAUCUCAGACUCCUUCUUAGACACCACUGUUCCGCUGCUGGUUCUCAUUGAAGCUGCUAAAAAUGGAAGAGAGAAAGAAAUAAAGGAAUAUGCUGCUAUAUUUCGAGAACAUACCAGCAGGCUUGUGGAGGUUGCCAAUCUUGCUUGUUCGUUGUCAACAAAUGAAGAUGGAACGAAGAUUGUCCAAAUGGCAGCUAAUCACAUUGAGAAUUUGUGCCCACAGGUUAUUAAUGCUGCUUUAGCCCUUGCUGCCAGACCAAAAAGUCAAGUUGUGAAAAGCAACAUGGAGAUGUAUAGGAGUACGUGGGAGAAUCACAUCCGUGUUCUUACUGAGGCUGUGGAUGACAUAACAAGUAUUGAUGAUUUCCUUGCUGUGUCAGAGAGCCACAUCCUGGAGGACGUGAACCGCUGCAUCGUGGCGCUGCGGGAGCAGGACGCCGAGGGGCUGGAGCGCGCUGCGGGCGCGGUGCGCGGCCGCGCCGCCCGCCUGGCGCACACGGUGGCGGGGGACAUGGACAGCUACGAGCCGGGCGCCUACACCCAGCGGGUCCUGGGCCUCGUGCGGCACCUCUCCGGCGCGGUGAUUCCAGAGUUUAUUAAUCAAGUAAAUAUUGCAUUGGAGAGCUUAAGCAAGAGCACAGUGCAUGUGUUUGAUGACAACCAGUUUGUGGACAUUUCCAAGAAGGUGUAUGAUACCAUCCACAACAUCAGGUGCUCAGUCAUGAUGAUUCGGACGCCCGAGGAGCUGCAGGAGCUGUCUGACCUGGAGGACGAGGCGGACGCGCGCAGCCGGGCCAGCGCGCAGAGCGAGGGCAGGACUGACCGGGCCAAGAUGACUCAACUGCCAGAAGCUGAGAAGGAAAAGAUAGCUGAGCAAGUGGCUGACUUCAAAAAAGUCAAGAGUAAGCUUGAUGCAGAGAUUGAGAUCUGGGAUGAUACCAGCAAUGACAUAAUUGUUCUGGCCAAGAGGAUGUGUGUGAUUAUGAUGGAGAUGACUGACUUCACAAGGGGGAGAGGCCCACUGAAGCAAACAUGUGAUGUCAUCAAUGCUGCCAAGAUGAUCUCGGAGUCGGGAUCACGCAUGGACGUGCUGGCACGGCUCAUUGCUGAGCAGUGCCCAGACCAGUCAUGCAAACAGGAUUUACUGGCUUACCUAGAACAGAUCAAGCUGUACUCCCAUCAGCUCAAGAUCUGCAGCCAGGUGAAAGCAGAAAUCCAGAAUCUGGGUGGAGAGCUCAUCAUGUCUGCACUGGACAGCGUCACUUCACUCAUUCAGGCUGCCAAAAAUUUAAUGAAUUCUGUGGUGCAGACAGUGAAGAUGUCCUAUAUUGCAUCCACAAAGAUUAUCAAGAUUCAGAGUCCUACUGGCCCACGACAUCCAGUUGUGAUGUGGAGAAUGAAGGCUCCAGAGAAGAAGCCCCUGGUUAAAAGAGAGAAGCCAGAAGAAAUCUAUGCUGCUGUCAGAAAAGGUUCUGCAAAGAAGAGAAUCCAUCCUGUGCAAGUCAUGAGUGAAUUCAGAGGCAGAGAAGUAGUCUAAUAUUUUGUCACUGUGUCUUCCUAUCUUGAAUUUCCAAUGAUUUUUCCUCUUUUCCCCCACUUAUUUAAUAAUUCUAUAUGUUAACAUUUUGCUCUAAAUCUGUAAGAUAACACUUGCCUAAAUGACUGGAAAGUGCUGUUGGAUUAGAAGCAGGCAGUUGAACAGAAUGCUGCUCCUCCUGCAGUGCCAGGCUCUGGUGCCUGCACACUGGGAGGGAGCCCAGUGCCAUCCUGCACUGCCCAGGCCUUGGAGCCCCUCUGCAGUGGCUCUGCUCUGUGACACAGGGUUUCACACUGCUGCUGGCCAGCUCAGCCCUCAGCAGGGCAGGGGCUGCUCAGCUGAGCCAGGCUCUGGGCCCCAAACCUGCCUCCAGACUGAGCAUCCACACCUGUCCUUGGCCAAGACCAUGCCUGGGAAAUGAAAAGGUUUGGUGAAACACACAGUGUUGGAUCAACAUGGAUGCAAACAUGUAAUAAAAAAGUGCAAGCCAGCAGGGGUGACAGCUCUUCAGAAGGAAACACCAGCAGGAAUCUCUGUUCUGCUCCCUGCUCUCAUCCCUAAGUCCCAAUAACUCCUGCUGUUACAUUAACAAUAAAAACCUUUCCUAAUUGCUGCACCAAAGGAGAACCUUGAAAUAAAUCAUUAUCCUGAGAUCAAUGUGUGAAAUACAUUUAUCUUGACUCUUAGGAAUGGGAGACUUUUCCAAAGCAGCUGAAGGGAAUGAGGUUACUUCUGACAUGAGUCCUAAACACAGGAUUGUGCUGCUGAGUGCUGAAUGGCUGCACUCCAAGUGUGCAAUGAAGGCAAAUCCUGCUAGGCCAGACCUCUGCAAUGUACUUAAGAAAAAACAGGUUUUUUCUAAAUACUUUCAAAUCUGAAAUCCACUCAGACUAGUUUUUUUGAAGGCUCUAACUUGCCUUUUGCCAUGUCAUGAGUUUUUCCCAGGCUCCAUUUGUUACUCAAGAUGUCUUUGCUUGGCUGCUCAGUAGCUCCUUUGGCACAGCCUUCUGCACUUGCUGGGGUGAAAGGGCUCCCUGAAAAGCAGAGACUGCCAUUGUGGGAUGGCUCCACACUCUGGGCCACUGCUCCAGGUCAUGUAUUACCAUGUUGGCACAGCAGGGCUGACCUAGCCCCCAGUGGGCAGCCAGAAUAACCCUGGCUGUGCCUUUCCUCUGGGGGCUGCUCUGUAAGCUCAGGAUGCUGGGCCAGGACAAUUUCUAGGCUGUUGGCUAUGAAACCCUGUGAAACUGUAAGUGCUAUGAAUUAAAACUUUAAUUUAACUGUGAAUUAAAAAUUCUACAGACCAUUCUUCCACCCUCCCUAACGCUGCAAUCAGUUAAAUGGAACAAAAGGGGAAGUUGGAAAGAAAAUCACCUAUUUCCAACUCCAGCUCCCUCCAGAAUGUUUGCAUCAAGAUGCUGCUCAUGUCUGCUGCCUUUGCUGCUCCUCCUGGGACUCCAGAGGUAGCAGGGGAGCUGCACUGGGGGUGUGACUGCCCUGAAACCCUGCUGUGUCCAGGUUCACCUUGGUGUCAGUCAUUGUGAGCAGUGCCUCGGUAUCACACUGUCAGUAAACAGGCACACACCCCCCGACAGGCUGCCCGCAGUGCUGUGGGACUUUCCCUGUGUCUGAAGCUCCAGGAGCUGCUCCAGGGGACAGGUUUUCCUGCCCCAGUGUCACUACAGCACCCUGUGCUUCAUUCCCUGCUCCUCCUGCACUGCCAGCCUUGCCCUUACCCUGGCCAUGCUCAGUGCCACUUGGACCUCAACAAAGCAAUUUAUUACACAAAAACCACCCUCUAAAUGAGCAGGGAAUUUAAAACCCACUGCAGAUUGCUGAGAAGAGCCAAAGGAACAAUAAUUAAAUCUAGACUAAAUUUAUCUUUGGUCAAAUUGAACUCCCAGUGAAAAGUUGUUUCCUGGCUAAGGUGGCAGAGAUAGCAGUGCUGGAGCUGCAAAGAGCCCAGCUCAUUGCCCCCAGCAGCCACUCUGGGGAGCAGGGAACCACCACUCCCUGCCCCAGGGACAAUCCUGAGCAGGAUGAACUGCUCAGCAAGUUUUAUUCCAAGCAGCUCCUCGUUCACCCUGCAAUCUCCCCAGCCCCUGCAGGGCAGCCUCUCCCCAGUUUGUGUGUGCCCCUCAGGUGCCCUCAGCUGCUCCCAGCCUGGCACAGCUGCACCUUCCUCACCUCAGCAGCUCCCAGUGCUUCACUAGCCUGCCUUGGCCUCUCCCGUGACCACAUUACAGAGCAAAGUGAGAUGAUGUCUGAAGGAAAUCUGGUAUUGAAAAUUGUCACUAGAGCACUGAAAAGUGAGAGUCCCAUUGCUGAAGCCCAUUAGUUUGAAAGGACAGUUCUGUGUCAUUUCCAUGAAUCCCACAGCUGUUGAAUUUUUAUAUUUUUUUUCCAUAAGCAGCCUGUGUACUUUUUCUCCCAACAUAGCCUGGUACCACUAGAGGAGCUCUACAGCUGCAUCUCCACUAAAGAACACAACUAGGAGCCUGGCAUCAAGUCUGGCAUGGUGUUUCCAAAGUCCUGCAGGGCUUUUUGAAAGGCUUGUGUUCUUUAUUUUCUGUGAGUCCACAACUGCAGCAUUUGAGAAAAGUAUGUUUAUAUAGCAAGUUCUUCCAUGAGGCUUUAGAAGUUUACUUUUUGACAAAAAAUAAAAAUUAACUCCUUAUGAGUAGUAGAUAAUAAAAUUCUAUGUAAAAACUGUUUUUGCUUCCAGAUAUUACUAAUCCCUUGUGUGUUGCUCCUGGUUGAACCUGGGGGACAUGCAGCAUAUGAGGCUCAGGGAAUGAGAUAAAGAAACCCAUUGCCUCAGGCUGGAUUGAAAGAGAACAGAACAAAUGCCCAGUGCUGGAAAGGGCAGGGAGGGAAAGGGGUGAGUGUGGCCAGGGUGGCACUGCUGGAACCCCUAAUGCCCCUGGGGCUGGGAACAGAGACACAACAGAACAAAGCACUCCUCUGAUUCUGUCCAUAGAGGCAAUUUAGCAUAUGAGUAGAGUAAUUAAAUAAUCGUUAAAGAUCAAGCUGAUGAUGCUACACACUUUGUUUUCCCUGGGAGAUCAUUAGAACUGCCUUCACUCUCUCUCUCCCCAAGGUGAUCAGUGGGCUUGGUUUUUACACAACUACUUUGUCAAGGGAUGAAAAUGCCCUGGCAGUGUUAAUUAACAAGCCAUGGAUUGUGUUGUGCACUGGAAGUGGUGCUGCACUGAAAGAUACCACCUUUUAAAUAACAAACCACAACUCACUGGAAACUUCCUUGGCACAAAGGAAAACAAAAUACAUCCAAAGCAGAAAUGCAAACAAGCCAUGACAAUACUUUAACGCCCCUGAUGUCUCUCAUCAACAGGAGCAAUGUGCUGCUGUGGUCCAAGGAACUGCAAGCUGAGGAACUAAUUUUUGGCUCCAGCCUAAAAGCAGUAAUUAAGAUGAAAGCUUGCACUGCAAGAGGUAGAUCUAACAGUUUUAUGUUUUAAGGAGCUUUUUACAGGAUAGGAAAUAUUCACAUUCUGCUUCCUGAGGGUGAAAAUGACCGUGUUAAACAGGCUGGAGAGCACAGAGAUGCCCUGUGCAGGACCAUGUUUCCUCUCCCAUCUUUGACCAGCCUGGUCACUUUAGAGCCGAUUUAGAGCUGAUUCCUGCUGCAUUCUGUUACCUUCAUAGAAGGCAGCACAUGACUCGAGCAGCUGCCAACACCCCACCCCUUGCUCUUUCCAAGGAGGCAAAAAACAGCAAAAGGCUCUAAAGGCUCCAUUCUGCCUUCCACUCCUCUGCAAACCUAGUCCAGUCCUCUCAGGCACCACUGAGGGCUGGGGCUUUGCAGCCUGCUGGGUGCCUGGUCCUCAGAACCUCAGGUGAAAAGAAGUAAAUAAACCACCAGUGCAACUUGCUGUCAGGAAGGUUUGCAUCAGUCUCUUUAAGAGAACAUCUGGGUGCACAUUGCAAAAUUUCUGUUUAGCUCAUCUGCACUUAGGAGCAGGUUGAGGGCAGGAAAGAGAGGAUUAGAGCUUUGCUACUUCCUACCUUGGGUACAAAUUCCAAGAGGGGAAAUGCAGGUUAGAUAUGGGGAAGGAAUCCUUUACUGUGAGGGUGGGCAGGCCCUGGCACAGGUUGCCCAGGGAGGCUGUGAUACCUCUGGAUCCUUGGAGGUGUCCAAGGCCAGGCUGGAUGGGGCUUGGAGCAGCCUGGGAUAGUGGCAAGUGUUGGACAAGAUGGUCUUCAAGGUCCAGUCCAGCCCCCCACCAUUCUGAGAGUCUGUAUGGGUUGUACAGGUGCCACAGAAACAGCAAACACAGAGAGGCAGCCUCAGGCUCACACUGCAAACAUCUGCCCUUUCAGUGCCUGGGCUUCUUGGCCCUUGGCUGACAGAAAAACAACCCUCUCUUAUUUACCUGUUUAUACAAUUACAUCAUUUACCUGUAAUGUAUUUUAGAUCUAUCACAACACAUAUUAGUAAUGACUGUUAUAACACAUCAUAAAAUAUGAGUAACAUAAUGCAAUUAUUUUAAUGUAAUUAAAUAUACAGAUAUACUAAAUGUAUUUAUAUAAUUCUGUAACAUUUAGUUACCAGUAAACUAAAGUUGUUAGAAUUCAUAGCAAGGACACAGAAGCACAUGAAUGUUUUAUCCUAUAAAGAUGCAGCAUCUCAUAUAGUCAGCCUCAAUUUUCUGCUUUUGAAUUAAUCUGACAAGGAAAAAAUGGCUGCAUCUUAUGGCAAAAGUAUAGCAACUGCAUCUAGUCAGUCAAAAAGCAAAGUGGAACUUAAGCCCCCAGCAAUUAAAAAUAAGCAUAGAAUAAUUAUGUAUGCAAACCUUUGAAGGGUUUGAAUAGGAUAUUCAUACUUAUUACACUAUAAAAAGAAAGGGAAAUGAGAAAACUUUUUGGCUUAGGAUGAGCUCUAUUAUCACUGAAAUAAUUUUUGUCUAGCUGCAAGCAUUACACCAGCCAAUAUAAUUUCAAGACAAGCAGUUGUUAUGUUAACAAGAAUGACUAAGAUGCUUCACUUCCCCCAGCAUCCUGUCCUUCAACUACUCUUCCCCAUUUCCCCCCUGGAAGAACCUCUUGUUCUCUGGACUGAAUUCAGCAUAUACAAAUGUACUAAUGUUUCAGUGACUGUAUCCAUCCCAGAGAUUCCAUCUGAAGCACUUACUGUGAAUUUAGCCCAUAAUCUUGGCUAAAAAUAAACUGAGUGUAGACAACCCUGUCAGUGGAAUGAAAUUCAAGUCUCAAACCUGCCA